GAAAAAAAAAAAAAAAGGAUAGCGAGCCGCCGCUCCUCCUCUCCAUAUACAGACACCAACGCGGCGUCACACACACACGAGAGAGAGAGAGAGAGAGAGAGAGAGAGAGAGGAAGCCAUGGCUCUCCGCACCCUGGCGUCGAAGAAAACCCUAUCCCUGGCUCUCGGUGGCGCCAGGCCUUUGGCGGCGGCGGCGAGGGGGGUGACGACGGUCACGCUCCCCGACCUCUCCUACGACUUCGGCGCGCUGGAGCCGGCCAUCUCGGGGGAGAUCAUGCGCCUGCACCACCAGAAGCACCACGCCACCUACGUCGCCAACUACAACAAGGCGCUCGAGCAGCUCGACGCCGCCGUCUCCAAGGGGGACGCCUCAGCCGUCGUCCAGCUCCAGGGCGCCAUCAAGUUCAACGGCGGCGGUCAUGUCAACCAUUCAAUCUUCUGGAAAAACCUUAAGCCCAUCAGUGAAGGUGGAGGGGAGCCACCACAUGCGAAACUUGGCUGGGCCAUUGAUGAGCACUUUGGUUCAUUUGAGGCACUUGUAAAGAAGAUGAAUGGUGAAGGUGCUGCUUUGCAAGGAUCUGGAUGGGUGUGGCUAGCUUUGGAUAAAGAGACAAAAAAGCUUUCAGUUGAAACCACUGCUAAUCAGGAUCCUCUGGUGACUAAAGGGGCAAGCUUGGUUCCUUUAUUGGGGAUUGAUGUCUGGGAGCAUGCGUACUACCUGCAGUACAAGAAUGUUAGGCCGGAUUACCUGAACAACAUCUGGAAGGUGAUGAACUGGAAAUACGCUGGAGAGGUGUACGAAAGUGUGCUUGCAUGAUUAGUCUGAAUCUGCAAUGCUCGAUCUGCGCGUUGGUUUUCGGCUGCCUGCAUCUUGUGCAAUAAAAAUGGACCUGUCUAGCUGUUGGAUCUUAUGUACAUUUCGUUGAGAUACACUGAUGCACAAUAGCUGCCGAUUUUGUUUGA